AUGUACGGAUUCGAGGCGCUUACCUUCAACAUCCAUGGCGGAUACUUGGAGGCGAUCGUGAGGGGCCACCGUGCUGGGCUUCUCACCACCGCCGAUUACAACAAUCUGUGCCAGUGUGAAAACCUUGACGACAUCAAGAUGCACCUCUCUGCCACCAAAUACGGCUCUUACCUCCAGAACGGUUCGUCUUCCCCAUUAUGA